AUGCUUCCCGCGGGUCCCCUGGGCUUCAUCACACUUGAAGGCAUGGCUCGGAACACCCCGAUAGGAAGGGGCGGGGCCAGGAAUCCUGUGCCCAAUAGGAGGGGAGCGCAGGAGGGAGCCCCGGCUGCGUCCCCGUCGCUAGGGAAACCGCUGCUGCCCGGGGCGGCCAGAGGCCGCACGACGCCGAGCGCGGAGGAGCGGGCCUCGCUGGCUGAGGAGAACGCAGAAGACGAAGCCGGCGCCGACCCGCGACUGCGACUUCUGGGGGCCUACGUGGUCCAGGGCCUGCGGCCGGCUGCGGGCGCCUGGGAGCGCUGCGCGGGCACCGCCGAGGCGGAGCGGCUGCUGCACGCCUUCCUGGGCCGCGAUGCUGCGGAGGGUCCGCAGCCGCUGCUGGUGGUGCGGCCCGGGCCCGGGGGCCUGGCGCUGCGACUCGGGUUGGACGCGGGACCCGACUCUGGCACGCCUCGCGCUAAGGGGCUAUUUUUUCUGCGCACCAGGCCCGAGCCGCCCGGGCCCCACAGCAUCCGCGGCUCGGUGCUCUGCGGGGACAUGCCCGCAGCCCCUCUGGAGCACCUGUCCGCGCUCUUCUCCAAGGCUGUGUCUCUCCAUCCCUCGUGGACACUGGUACUGGGAAGACAGGAAAUGGUUAACAAAGGGGAAUUUCUCUUCGCUCUGGCAGAGGCGCAGGACAUCCACAUGCACCUGAGGCCACUCCACCACCACCUGGAAGCCCUCGAGAGCAUGGAGUUUUCUGAGGUGAAGCCACGGCUUCAGCCUCUCCUCCAUGUGGUCUGUCUCAUUUGGGCCACGUGCGAGUCCUACGACUCCCCAGGGUGGCUCAUGGUGCUGCUCCAGAAACCUGCAACCUUCUCAUCCGGCGGGUUGGCUCUGGCAGAGGCGCAGGACAUCCACAUGCACCUGAGGCCACUCCACCACCACCUGGAAGCCCUCGAGAGCAUGGAGUUUUCUGAGGUGAAGCCACGGCUUCAGCCUCUCCUCCAUGUGGUCUGUCUCAUUUGGGCCACGUGCGAGUCCUACGACUCCCCAGGGUGGCUCAUGGUGCUGCUCCAGACCUGCAACCUUCUCAUCCGGCGGGCCUCUAAUUAUCUCAGCCCAGAAGACCUCUUGAGAAGUGAGGUGGAAGAAAGUCAGAGGAAACUGCAGGUCGUCGUGGACACCUUGAACUUCUUCAAGCAGGUGUUUCAGGAUGGAAGGGAGAAUCUCCACUUUAAAGAGAACCAGGAAGUGAGGGAGUGGGAUUUCCUGUCUGCUUUGGUCUUUGUGUAUGUGGACGGCUUCCUGGGACAACUACUCAUGGUGCAGGAUCUUCUGAACACAACCUUGGACUUCCACAAACUGGAAAAGCUUGAAUUUAGUGUCAUCAGAGGGAAAGCCCUGAGUCAGCAGAUUCAGCAAAUGUACGAGGAAUUUCAAGAGAUGUACAGGGUUUUCUCAGAAUCUUCUUAUGACUGCUUGGACCCCCAAAGCACGGAAUUUGAAAAUGAUGUUUCUGAAUUUAACCAGAGAGUAGAAGAUCUCGACCGAAGACUGGGGACUAUCUUUAUUCAAGCCUUCGAUGACGCACCCAGUUUGGAGUAUGCCUUUAAGCUCAUAGACAUAGCAGGAAAGCUCGUUGAAAGACCACCAGUAGCACAGGAUGUAGCCGAUAAAUACCUGGUGCUCAUCCAAAUGUUCAACAAAGACCUGGAUGCAGUGAGAAUAAUCUACAGUCAGCGUAUCCAGAAGGAGGCAGAAUUCGGGUUCUCCUCAGUGCACAAGAACAUGCCCACUGUGGCCGGGGGUCUCCGCUGGGCGCAGGAGUUCAGACAGCGCAUCCAGGGACCCUUCACCAACUUUGGAUGCAUCACACAUCCAUGCAUGGAAUCAGCUGAAGGAAAGUGCAUGAUAUAAAAAUAUGAAGCCAUGCUCUCCUUGCUGGAAAAAUAUGAGACAAGUCUUUAUGAUGACUGGUGUCAGACGGUAUCAGAGAAGUCACAGUACAAUCUUUCCCAGCCACUUCUGCAACGUGACCCAGAGACGAAGCAGAUCACUGUCAACUUUAACCCACAGCUGAUUUCAGUGCUGAAAGAAAUGAGUUAUCUCGAACCCAGGCAGAUGAAGCACAUCCCCGAGACGGCAGCAGCCAUGUUCUCUUCCAGGGAAUUCUAUCGGCAGCUUGUGGCUAACUUGGAGCUAAUGGCCAAUUGGUACAACAAGGUUUUGAAAAGUCUGCUAGAGGUAGAAUUUCCAUUAGUGAGGAAAGAGCUGCAAAAUAUUGAUCUCUGCCUGAGAGCUGCAGAGGAGACUCUCAACUGGCAAACGGAAGGUAUUUGGGAUUAUGUCAGUCAAAUCACCAAUAAUAUUCAUGAUCUUGAACAAAGAGUUCAGAAAACUAAAGACAAUGUGGAAGAGAUUCAAAACAUCAUGAAAACAUGGGUGUCUCCAAUAUUUAAGAGAAAAGAUGGAAAAAAGGAAUGCCUUCUUUCCAUGGAUGAUCAGCAUGAUCGAGUGCAAAAAUCUUAUAGUCUCAUCAAAGAAUCUGGCCUUAAGAUACACACCCUUAUUCAGGAAAACCUGGGUCUGUUUUCAGCAGACCCAGCCUCUAAUAUCUGGAAGACUUACAUUAAGUACAUCGAUGACAUGUUGCUGGAUGGAUUCUUUCUAGCCAUUGAGUGCUCCCUCAAGUACCUCCUGGAAAAUACUGAAUGUCGAGCAGGACUCACCCCAAUAUUCGAAGCACAGCUGAGCUUAGCAAUCCCAGAAUUAGUUUUCCAUCCGUCCCUGGAGUCUGGAGUGAAGGGUGGCUUCCACGACAUUGUUGAGGGUCUUGUCGCCAGCAUUUUUGGAAUAUCGUCUUUGGUGCCACGGCUUUCCCCACAAAACGGCUCUCCCCACUAUCAGGUUGACGUGGAGGGCAUGGCCCGUUUGGCCAGCAUGAGGAGCACCCUCAUGGAGAGGGUUCAGAGCAUGAUGGCCCUCUGCUGCAGCUAUCGGAACACCUUCAGCCAGUAUUCCUACCUCUACGUGGAGGACCCGAAGGAGGUCCUGAGUCAGUUCCUGUUGUAUGGGCGUGUCCUCACACCCGAGGAAAUUGAAGCCCAUGCAGAAGAUGGCAUCCCAGAGAACCCUCCCCUCCUCCAUCAAUUUAAAUCGCAGAUCGACUCCUAUGAAAAGCUCUAUGAAGACGUGUGCAGGCUGGAGCCCAUCAGGGUGUUUGAGAGCUGGAUGAAAAUUGAUGUGCGACCCUUUAAAGCAUCUCUACUGAAUGUAAUUAAGAAGUGGAGCCUCAUGUUCAAGCAGCAUCCUAUUGACUAUGUCACCGACAGCUUGGCCUACCUUGAAGUGUUUAUAAAAAAUAGUGAGAGUGGCUUGCUCAAGGAAGUUGAAAAAGGCGAUUUUAAAGGAUUGGUUGAGAUUAUGGGACACCUUAUGGCUCUUAAAGAACGGCAGGGCAGCACUGAUGAGAUGUUUGAGCCCUUAAAGCAAACUAUUGAAUUGAUGAAGACCUAUGGACAAGAAUUGCCAAAAACGGUGUUUAAGCAGCUGGAGGAGCUGCCUGAGAAAUGGAACAACAUAAAAAAGAUGGCCAUUACUGCGAGGCAGCAGGUGGCCCCACUGCAAGCGAAUGAAGUGAGCGUCCUCUGCCAGUGGUGCACAGCCUUUGAUGCUGAACAGCAGUGAUUCUGCGAGCAAUUCCACCAAGAAGUUCCCUUCAGAUUUGACAGCAUUGACACUUAUCAAAUGCUGGAUGCCUGGCACACUAAGAUCCAGCAGAUGGAAUCCACCAUGGCCUCCGCUGCAGAGUCCGCCAGCCUGUUUGAGGUUAGUCCAGACUACAAGCAGCUAAAGCAGUGCAGGAAGGAGGUCUGCCAGCUGAAGGAGCUCUGGGACACCGCUGGGAUGGUGACCUCCAGCAUCCGUGCCUGGGAGACCACCAUGUGGAGGGAUAUCAACGUGGAGGCCAUGGACGUGGAGUGCAAGCGGUUUGCCAGGCACAUCCGGAACCUUGGCAAGAAAGUCAGGGGCUGAGAUGCCUUCACGGGCCUGGAAAGCACUGUGCUGAACACUCUGACCUCGCUGAGGGCCGUGGCUGAACUCCAGAAUCCGGCCAUCCGGUGGUGGCACUGGGGGCAGCUGAUGCAGGCCACGGGUGUGAGCUUCACGGUGGGAGAGGGCAUGACACUGGCACAGCUCCUGCAGCUCCAGCUGCACCGCUUUGAGGAUGAGGUCUGGGGCAUUGUGGACAAAGCAGUGGAGGAGAUGGGGAUGGAGAAGACCUUGAAGGAGCUGCAGGCCACCUGGGCCAGCAUGGAGUUCCAGUAUGAGCCCCACCUGUGAACCAACGUCCCCCUGCUGUGGUCGGACAAAGGCCUCACUGAGGUCCUGGAGGAUAACCAAGUGCAGCUUCAGAACCUGAUGACGUCCAAGUAUGUUGCUUUCUUCCUAGAGGAAGUGUGGGGCUGGCAGAGGAAGCUGUCCACAGCCGAUGCUGUCAUCGCCAUCUGGUUUGAUGUGCAGUGCACAUGGUCUCAUCUGGAGAGUAUAUUCAUUGGAUCUGAUGAUAUCCGGGCUCAGCUGCCCCAGGAUUCUAAAAGAUUUGAAGGGACUGAUGCUGACUUUAAGGAGCUAGCUUGUGAUGCUCAGAAAACUCCGAAUGUAGUGGAAGCCACCACCAAAGCAGGUCUUUACGAAAAACUGGAAGAUAUUCAGAGCAGAUUGUACCUGUGUGAGAAAGCCCUGGCAGAGUACCUGGAUACCAAAAGGCUUGCCUUCCCUAGGUUUUACUUUCUCUCUUCUGAUUUGUUAGACAUUCUUUCCAAUGGCACAGCUCCACAACAGUCUUGUGACAACAUCUACAAGGGCCUGGCUCAGACAGGUGCCUGGGGCUGUUUUGAUAAGUUUAAUCGAAUCUCCGUGGAAGUCUUGUCCGUGGUGGCCGUACAGGUGAAAAGCAUUCAAGAUGCAAUUCGAGAUAAAAAGCAGCGGUUUGGCUUCCCUGGGGAGGCGAUUAGCCUGAACCCCUCUGUGGGUAUCUUCAUCACCAUGAACCCUGGCUACGCUGGCCACACAGAGCUGCCGGAGAAACUCAAGGCCCUCUUCAGGCCUUGUGUGAUGGUUGUUCCCAACUUUGAGUUGAUCUGUGAGAUCAUGUUGGUGGCAGAAGGAUUCAUUGAAGCCCAGUUAUUAGCCAGAAAAUUCAUCACUCUCUACCAGUUGUGCAAAGAGCUUCUCUCCAAACAGGAUCACUACGACUGGGGCCUGCAGGCCAUCAAGUCUGUGCUGGUGGUGGCAGGAUCCCUGAAGCGAGGGGACUCUGACCGGCCUGAGGACCAAGUCCUGAUGCGCUCCUUGCGAGACUUCAACAUCCCCAAGAUUGUGACUGAUGACAUGCCAGUGUUCAUGGGCCUGAUUGGGGCCCUGGACGUCCCUUGGAGGAGAGACCUCAACUUUGAAGGUUUGGUUAGGAAGGCGGUGGUGGAUCUGAAGCUCCAGGCUGAAGACAACUUUGUGCUCAAGGUGGUCCAGCUGGAGGAGCUCCUGGCAGUGCAGCACUCAGUGUUCAUGGUGGACAGUGCCAGUGCUGGCAAGUCCCAGGUGCUGAGGUCCUUGCACAAGACCUAUCAGAUCAUGAAAUGCCGCCCCGUCUGGACCGACCUCAACCCCAAAGCUGUCACAAAUGAAGAGCUCUUCGGCAUCAUUAAUCCAGCCACACGAGAAUGGAAGGAUGGAUUGUUCUCUUCCAUCAUGCGGGAGCUUGCCAACAUCACCCAUGAUGGGCCCAAGUGGAUCUUACUGGAUGGCGACAUAGAUCCAACGUGGAUAGAGUCUCUCAACACUGUCAUGGACGACAACAAGGUGCUGACCCUGGCUGGCAAUGAGAGGAUCCCUCUGAAUUCCACGAUGUGGAUCCUCUUUGAGAUCAGCCACCUGCGCAUGGCUACCCCAGCCACCGUCUCCAGAGCAGGGAUCCUGUACAUCAACCCAGCAGACCUGGGGUGGAACCCUGCAGUGAGCAGCUGGAUCGACAAGAGGGAAAUCCAGACAGAGCGAGCCAACCUAACCAUUCUGUUUGACAAGUAUCUUCCAACCUGCUUAGACACACUCAGAAUCAGAUUUAAGAAGAUAAUUCCUAUCCCAGAGCAGAGUACGGUGCAGAUGCUCUGCCACCUUCUUGAGUGUCUCCUGACCAAGGAGGACAUCCCUGCAGACUGCCCCAAGGAAACCUAUGAGCUGUAUUUUGUGUUUGCUGCCAUCUGGGCAUUUGGUGGAGUGAUGGUUCAAGAUCAGCUUGUGGACUACCGGGCAGAAUUCAGCAAAUGGUGGCUGACAGAGUUCAAGACAGUCAAGUUUCCUUCCCAGGGAACCAUCUUUGACUACUACAUAGACUCAGAAACCAAGAAAUUUGAGCCUUGGUCCAAGCUCAUCCCCCAGUUUGAAUUUGAUCCCGAGAUGCCUUUGCAGGCUUGUUUGGUGCACACGAGUGAGACCAUCCGAGUGUGCUACUUCCUGGAGCGGCUUAUGGAGCGGCGGUGGCCAGUUAUGCUGCUGGGGACCGCGGGCACCGGCAAAUCAGUGCUGGUGGGAGCCAAGCUGGCCAGCCUCGAUGGCGAGCAGUACCAGGUGAAAAACGUGCCCUUCAACUACUACACCACGUCAGCAAUGCUGCAAGCUGUCCUGGAGAAGCCUCUAGAAAAGAAGGCUGGCAGAAAUUAUGGCCCCCCAGGCAACAAGAAGCUUAUCUAUUUCAUCGAUGACAUGAACAUGCCCGAGGUUGAUGCCUAUGGGACUGUGCAGCCACACACGGUCAUCAGGCAGCAUCUGGACUAUGGCCACUGGUAUGACUGUAACAGGCUGUGCCUAAAGGAGAUCAUGAAUGUACAGUGUGUUUCCUGCAUGAACCCCACUGCAGGCAGCUUCACCAUCAACCCACGGCUUCAGCGCCAUUUCAGUGUGUUCGUCCUCUCCUUCCCGGGAGCAGACGCCCUGUCCUCCAUCUACAGCACCAUCCUGAGUCAGCACCUAAAGCUUGGAAACUUCCCAGCAUCCCUGCAGAGGUCCGUCCCCCCGCUGAUCGACCUCACCCUUAACUUCCACCAGAAGAUUGCCACCACAUUCCUCCCCACAGCCAUCAAAUUCCACUACAUCUUCAAUCUCAGAGACUUUGCCAACAUUUUCCAGGGCAUUUUCUUUUCCUCAGUGGAAUGUGUAAGAUCCACACAGGACCUAAUAAAGCUCUAUGUGCAUGAAUCAAAUCGGGUUUAUCGGGAUAAGACGGUGGAAGAGAAGGACUUUAAUCUUUUUGAUAAAAUCCAGACAGAAGUGGUCAAGAAAAUUUUUGAUGGUAUGGAAGGGACUGUGGAGCAGACACGAAGCCAGGACGUGUAUUGCCAUUUUGCAAAUGGCACUGGCGAGCCCAAGUACCUGCCAGUACAGUUGUGGGAACUUUUGACCCAGACUUUGGUGGAAGCCCUGGAGAACCACAAUGAAGUCCACACAGUGAUGGACCUGGUGCUCUUUGAGGAUGCCGUGCACCACGUCUGCCAUAUCAAUCGCAUCCUGGAGUCCCCCCGGGGAAAUGAUCUCCUGGUUGGUGUAGGCGGGAGCGGCAAGCAGAGUCUGACCAGGCUUGCGGCCUUCAUCAGCUCCAUGGAUGUAUUCCAGAUCACGCUGCGGAAGGGCUACCAGAUCCCAGACUUCAAGGUGUACCUGGCCCGUUUGUGCCUGAAAGCCGGGGUAAAGUAUAUCAGCACAGUGUUCCUCAUGACUGAUGCCCAAGUGGCUGAUGAGAAGUUCCUUGUGCUCAUCAAUGAUCUCUUGGCAUCUGGAGAGAUCCCAGAUCUCUACGCUGAUGAUGAAGUCGAGAACAUCAUAAACCAUGUGGGGAAUGAAGUCAAGAGCCAAGGUCUGAUUGACAGCAGAGAGAACUGCUGGCAGUUCUUUAUUGGUCGGGUCUGACGACAGCUGAAGGUGACUCUCUGUUUCUCCCCUGUGGGGAACAAGCUGAGGGUCUGCAGCAGGAAGUUCCCAGCGAUUGUGAACUGCACAGCCAUCGCCUGGUUCCAUGAGUGGCCUCAGCAGGCACUGGAGUCUGUCAGCCUCCGCUUCUUGCAGAGCACAGAGAGCAUUGAGCCCAAGGUCAAGCAGUCAAUCAGCAAGUUCAUGGCUUUUGUCCACACAAGUGUCAACCAAAUGUCCCAGUCUUACCUGAGCAACGAGCAGCGCUACAACUACACUAAUCCCAAAUCAUUUCUGGGGUUCAUCAGACUCUACCAGAGCCUGCUGCACAGCAACGGGAAAGAGCUCAAGUCCAAGAUGGAGCGGCUGGAGAAUGUGCUGAAGCUCCACAGCACGUCUGCCCAGAAACAGGACCAAAAGUUACAGCUGAGCUCCCCCAGCAGCCGGGCGUGCCCUCGACUGUGGUCUGCUCUGCUGUCUUUCACUGACGUGAGAAUCCCGAUCCCCUGA